UGAUCUUUCCUCGAGCUCGAUAAACAAAUAUCGACGCGCAGCGUGCCUCCCGCUAACUAAACGAUCUCCACAGCUCCUCAUCCUUCUGCGUUGCCGCCCUCGCUGUACCCUGCUGCUUACCCUUCAAGCCUGCCGACCAUCGCAUCAUCACUAGCUUUUUUUCUUCACUUCUGCUCGGCGUCUCUUGUUUGCUGUUGGCUGUUGGCUUCAUAAGCGCAAGGAAGGACGAGAGAUAGAGCGACGAAGUAUCUUGCUCGGAACUCUCCCACAGCUGGGCUCUGAGAUGAGUAAUGGGUUCUGAGGAUAGAGCCGCGCGAGCUUCCUCCCGUUCUGCGUCCCUGCGACGUAUGGGCACUGCCCGGGGGCUAUGACCUGUAACCAAAGAAGAGGGAAAAUGCGAGAUAAGCAGCGGCUGGACCAUGAUAACCAGGGAUGCAGGUAUGGCUGUUGAUUUGCUUCGUGUUCACAGAAUCCUCUCCACCCUGUUGGAGACAAAGGGGAUAACCGUCACGAGAUAUAUAGAAGGUAGAGGUAAUACCCAGAAAACAACCGAAUUGUUGCUGGAAGCUGGUGAGCAAGAGCUUUUACGCACCUGGGAAGACCCAAUGGACGAGCAGUGCAAACAGGACAGCAAGGACUCGAUUCGGAGAACAAUCGUGGAGCAUGAUAAGGUCUUCAGGCAGCAGGUGCAUGAGCUGCAUCGUUUGUACCAUGUACAAAAAACAUUGAUGGCUGAAUGCGAUAGCCAUAGGUAUCAACCGAGAGCAGAAGGAACUCAUGAAGUGGUGCAGGGAUCAAGGUCGAACCUCAAGUGCAGUCCUUCUACCUCAGGGACAAACCAAUCUGCUCUCCUUGGUAAUGCACAAUACCCAGCUCCGCAGCAAGUACAAGAAGAUUUGAGUCUCCAUGAAUGCAAGCCGGUGAACUGCCUCAGCCUCUUCGGUGAAGAAAACUCAGCAGCCAAAGAAAGGUUUCACGGGGAGAACCAUAAAUCAGUUGAAGAUGAAAGCUGGAGCGCCGCUGUAGAGAGUGAUCUUGACCUCAAACUGAGCAUCGGCCCCAGCUCACAUUCACCAGAAACACCGCGCUGGCUAUUCUCAGGAAGCAGGGAAAGAAACCCUUCUGGCCAGCAUCGAUGAGAGCAAGCUAGUAAAUAUCUGAUCAUUCAGUUUGGGGGCAGGAGAAGCAAAACACAGCACACUAGAGUUUCAUAUGCUGAGAAAGCUGAAGCCUCCAUUAAAAAUGGCAUGUGGAUUUGUGGAAAUACAGGUCUCAAGAAAAAUACACUUCUAGCUCCUAUGGCGGGCGCCUUGGCCAAAAACAGAAACAAAGCCCAGAAAGGCUUCCACCAGAUUUCAAUCAGAAUUCUUUAGUAUGCCAAAAAUGUAGAACCUCAAAGGUCCCAAUGCUUGCUAUGGGUAGGAUAGGACUGCACUAAUGUUAUGGCAAGUAAAGGAUUGGUAACAAUUCAGGUCUUGCUUGCCUUGUGCAUAAUUUUGAGUUUCAGAGCAAAAGUGAUAAGAAAAAACAUUAGGUAAGUAUUGAAUUUGAAAGAACCAAACAAUCCCUUUCAGUUCUCAUACACCAAUAAUUAUAUAGUCACAUUCAGCAGUAUACUUAGUGUUUUUC